UCCGACCGUGCAUGCGCAGUGUGGGUACUGCAGCUGUGGGUAGGUGGUCAUAUGGAAUGUGCAAUCGGAGAGAAAUGGCCGAGUUUUGGAAGGACAUUAGAAGAACAGGAUUUGAAGGCGGGAAACUCAAACUAAACAUCAGAUCAAAACCUGACAGAGUCACUCGAUUCAUCAGAACCUGAAAUUUCACAGGGGAUUAGAAGACGAGCAUUUGCAGUUGAGAAACUCAAACCAGACAUCAGCUCAGGACCUGACAGAGUCACCCAAUUUAUCGUAACCUGAAUACCAUUGGAUUUUGAACAUGGAAGGAAAAAACAUUGUUCACAGUGGGGAGAAACCGUACACAUGUUGUGUGUGUGGACAAAGCUUCAGCCAAUCGUCUGGCCUGUCAGAACAUAAGCGCAGUCACCACAGGGAGAAACCGUGGAAGUGUGCGGAUUGUGGGAAGGGAUUCUAUUACCCAUCAGAGCUGGAAACUCAUCGACGCAGUCAUACUGGGGAGAGGCCAUUCACCUGCUCCCAUUGUGGGAAGGGAUUCACUCAGUUAUCCAACCAGCUGAUACACCAGCGAGUUCACACUGACAAGAAACCUUUUAAAUGUCCACACUGCAGGAAGUGCUAUAACAGCUCCAGUGAACUGAUGUACCAUCAACGUGUUCACACAGACCAGAGACGAUUCAGGUGCUCUCAGUGUGGGAGUAGGUUCAGGUGGUCAUCUGACCUCACUAAACACCAGCGAAUUCACACUGGGGAGAGACCAUUCAUCUGCUCCGAGUGUGGGAAGGGAUUCACUCAGUCAUCCAGCCUGCUGACACACCAGCGAGUUCACACUGAUGAGAGACCUUUUAAAUGUCCAGACUGUGGGAAGGGCUAUAAAAGUUCCGGGAACCUGAUGUCCCAUCAACGUGUUCACACUGACGAGAGACCUUUCAGGUGCUCUCACUGUGGGGCUGGUUUCAAGCAUUCAUCUGACCUGACUGUACACCAGCGCACUCACACUGGGGAGAGACCUUUUAAAUGUUCAGACUGUGGGAAGGGCUAUAAAAGUUCCUGGAACCUGAUGUCCCAUCAGCGUGUUCACACUGACGAGAGACCGUUCAGGUGCUCUCACUGCGGGACUGGAUUCAAACAUUCAUCUGACCUCACUAAACACCAGCGCACUCACAGUGGAGAGAGACCUGCUCCAAGUGUGGAAAGGGAUUCACUCAGUCAUCCACCCUGUUGAAACACCAGCGAGUUCACAAUGACCAGAGACAUUUUAAUUGCCCAGAGUGUGGUGAGUGCUUUAAGGGUUCCCAGGAACUGAUGAUCCAAAAACUUAUUGACACCAACGAGACACCGUGCUCUCACUGCGGGACUGAGGUAAUCAUCUCAGCUCACUGUUCACCAGCGAAUCCACACUGGGGAGAGACUAUUCACCUCAUCUAAGUGUGGUUCAGGAUUCACUCAGUCAUCCUACCUGCUGACACUGCAGUGAGCUCACAAGUAACCACACUGAUUGUAUUUUACUCACUCACAGGAUUGAAUGAUUUUCAUUGGGGUCUGUUUCUGCUGAUGUUAAUAAACUCCAGCCCAGUUAAAGGGUUUAAUAUUGUGGAUUAAAGUGAAGUAAAUUAGCUUUGUGUUAAACGCAA